AUGACCGGCCGGGACGCACUCUGCGACGGGCGUGCCAACAGCGGGCCGCCGGUGCCCGGCGGCUCUCCCGCUGGCCCGCGCCCCCGGGGCUUCGCCAUCACCGACCUGCUGGGUCUGGAGGCCGAGCUGCCCGCGCCCGCUGGCCCCGGGCCGGGAUCGGGCUGCGGGGGUCCCGCGGCCGCCGCCCGCCGGGGUCCCGGGCGCGGGGCCUCCUGCCUGGCCCGCGGGACCCUCCCGCUGGGGCUCGGCCUUCUCUGCGGCUGCGGCGCGCAGCCACCCGCCUGCCGGGCACCGCGCCUGCUUCUAGCCGACGUACCCUUCCUGCCGCCCGGGGGGCCCGAGCCCGCAGCCCCGCGAGCCCCCGCCCGCCCGCCGUCCCCGCUCGGCAGCCGGGGGAGCAGCGAGAGCGUCGCCGCGUCCGAUGAGGACAGCCCACCUGAAGGCAGAAGGGAUCCGAAGGCGUCCCCUGUCCCCAGCAAGGGGAAGAAGCGGAGGCACAGGACCGUCUUCACCGCCCACCAGCUGGAGGAGCUGGAGAAGGCGUUCGGUGAAGCUCACUACCCCGACGUGUACACCCGGGAAAUGCUGGCCGUGAAAACCAAGCUCCCUGAAGACCGAAUUCAGGUCUGGUUCCAAAACCGGAGGGCCAAGUGGCGGAAGCGGGAGAAGCGCUGGGGCGGCAGCAGCGUGAUGGCCGAGUACGGGCUCUACGGGGCCAUGGUGCGCCACUGCAUCCCGCUGCCCGACGGCGCGCUUGACCCCGCGCACAGCGGCCCGCGUGGCUCCUGCGCGCCCUGGCUCCUGGGGAUGCAUAAAAAGUCCACAGGGAUCAUAAGCAAACCAGGGAACGAACAAACACUGGCAGGACUCUGGGGCUCCGCCCGCACAAAGGAAGGUUCUAGCCUGAGCGAGGUGGGAUCCCAGAGAGACUCAGGUGAAGCCCGCCCUGAGAAGGGCUCGGAGGACUCGGCCAUCGAUCUCUCCAGCGCCUCGCGGCAGGAGACCAAGACCCCGGGCCAGGGCGCCCCUGCGGGAGGGCGCUCAGGCCCCCGGGACCCAGAGGCGCUGCAGCCUGGGAAGAUGAACAUGGGUGGUGUGUCUGCUGUGUUACACACGCGUACAUGUCUGCUGCUGCUGAUCCGCUGACAAGGGCGCCCUUCCGUGACCUUUUCUAUCGCGAAUGUCUGGAGCGUUUCAUCCUUUGGGAUGCAGCACCAUCACGUGCAGCUUUGUAAGCUCGCAUCGCAGCAGGGUUGCCAUGUCUAACUCACCUUUUAGGGCUCAGAAUCCAGAGAGCGCUUACAUCUAGUUGAGGGGGAAGUUCAGGGCUUCCUGGAGACGGCGGAGCAGAGAAGGGAGGUGGGGAACCGGUCUUUGCUGGGCUUCCUCUGGAGACCCGCGCACUCAGCCUGCGGCCGGGCCAUGUCCCCACCUCCCCGGGUGAGGAAACAGGCUCCCUUCCACUGGCCCAUUUGUCUCAUCUCAUGCUAGUCCCACUGUUGAGGGAAUUCAGGGUCACCUGUAUGUAAUGGAGAAAUAGGAGGGCGAGCCCCCCCUCCUUUAUUUGCUCUGCACAACAGAGAUGGUGAGACUGAAUGAAGAAGGAGGGGCCGUUGGGAAGAACUCCAGAAAUACCUUCCGUCUCUGUGACCCAGCGGACCAGACUCUGAGCUAUGGGACGUGCUCCUUCGGGGCUGUCUCUGCCCCCCGGCCGGCUCUGAGAUUCCUGCUUUCAUCUCCCUUCCUUAGAUUACCCAGGGUUGGGUUUGGGGGAGGGAGCUAGUAACCUAUGCAACGUAUAUACAUCACAUUCAUAAAAUUAAAUGAGUCAUAUUUUUUAUGAAUGUUAUACAUCACAUUCAUAAAAUAAAAUAAGACAUAUUUAUGUGGAAAGAUGUUCGUGAAAUGUUACUGAGUGAAAAAACCCUAAAUAAAUGACAAAAAAAGAAGACGUGAGUGGGCAAAAUCAAAUAUGUAAAGCAGAAUGAAAGUUGGCCAGAACUGCAGGACAUGCUGAAGUCUAAACCAACUUCCGGCCAAGCUGGGGCCAGAAUUCCUAGUUUGGCUUAAACCAGUGGAAAAUCACCUGCCAGGCUGGGCUGCGGCCCCGCCUCUCCAAGCCUCUCAGACUCUCAAGGAAAUGCAACUGGGCUUCUGACGAAGAACACAGGGCAGUGGCUGCCGACCAGCUGAGCGACAGGGCGACCGCAUGAAGGAUGUGAAGUAGUGCAUGUUUUAUUAAAAAAAGAAGAAAGAAACCUGUUCAUAAAGACUAGGAAAUAGAUGAAAAUUCUUUAAAACAUUGACAGCAUGUAUCUUUGGAUCAUGAGUAAAUGAAUACUUUUUGUCUUUUUUCCCCAUAUUUUCUAGGUUUUGUAAAAUCAGUAUGUAAAAAUAAAAAAACUGUUAAUAAUAUUAUUGAAAUAGUAACAGCUCUGAAUUCAGGGCUACGUUCACACAGGACAAAAACUAUUAGAAAUAAAGUGUGAAAAUUUUUAUGAUAAA